AUCUCUUUAAGUAGCAGUGAACAUGAGCAUUUUAGCAUUGUAAAUAACUAGCAACACAACGCAACACCUGCGGCAAUAGUUCUGGAGACUUUCCUUGGUGAAUAUGUCGGUGCGUACAGUAUUUGUGAUCGGCGCUAGUGGUAAUGUCGGUAAAGCCACGGUGAAGGCCCUCUCUGCAAACCACGGAGGGUCUCUUGACAUUCGAGCUGGUGUACGAAAUCCCGAGAAAGCGUCCGACUUGGAUUCCCUUCUUUCAGUUACGGUCGUGCGAGCUGAGAUGGGGAAACGCGAUGAGCUCGUUGAAAUCUUUCAAGGAGUCGACGUAUUGUUUAUUGUUGUUCCAGGAGCUCCUGAUCGCGUGGAGUUGACACGUAUAACAGCCGAGGCUGCAAGAGAUGCACGAGUGAAGCAUAUUCUCACCAUAGGAGCGUUUGGUAAACCUAACUUGGCACUUACUAGACAAAUGCGGGAGAUUGAGAAUAUCAUAACCAAUCUUGGUCCAAACUAUACAAUCCUUCGCUUACCCUGGUUCAUGGACAACUUUUUUGGCUUCAAAGAUACCAUACAGAAAUUCUCAGCGAUCUAUGACAGUAUAGACCCAAGCAAACGUUUUCCCACCGUUUGUAUGGAUGACCUAGGUUUAGCCGCAGCAACCCUUAUGGCCACUGCUUCUAAAAGGAACGCACACGAGGAAUACAGUAUGGUAAGCGACAGACACACGUUCCAUGACAUCGUGAAAGCGUUCAGCGAUGCCCUUGGUAAAGACAUCACGUACACCCAGCAAUCGUACGAGGAAGCCAAAGCAGCGUGGUUACAGAUGGGAGCUGUUUCUGAGCAGCAAAUUGAUGGCUUGAUUGAGUACUGGAAAGCAGUAAAUGCUGGUGAAUACGAGAAGGGAGAUAAUGAUAGUGAUUUCACGGCUAUCACAGGAAAACAACCAACCAAUAUAGCCGCAUGGGUUCAACGAUAUGCUAACGUGUUUAAAUGAAUACUUGGUUUGGCUGAGUACAAAGCCGAUGAUGGCAUUAAUAACGUUUCAAAUUGGUAUUUGAGGUUGUGCUCUCCUGACUUGCAAUUCACUAGCUACGUAGAUGGCCGUAGGCUAAAUUUUAGAUUUGCAUUAAUAAUUAUAGAUAUUCUUGUCUAUUUUACAGUGUGAUUUUUAGGGUGUUUUUGGUACGUAUAAAUAAAUUUGCCAUGU